GUAUCUAGCCCAAAAAAAUAAGCGGCCCAACAAGGCCCAUCUAAUAGCAGGAAUCGGACGCGCUCGGCCAAAUACGCCCUGCUCGGACAUGCGCUCCUACUCAGUCCAGUUAAAUCCACUCGGACCCUGGGGUGGACCUGGUCAAAUCCUUACUCGGUUGACUUCCAAUGGCAGAGCCUGUGCACUCGGCUUUAAUUUUGUACUUGGCCUCUGCCGCCAGCAAAGCACUGUGGACCUACUACGAGCGUGGGAGCCUUACGAUAUUCGUAUCAAUUGGUGCUCCUCCACUUCAGCCGGCCUCUUGCCCACACCUGGGUCGGGCAGCGCCAGUACCGCCCCUCCUCCUCGGCCCCCGGAUAAGUCCCCAAUUUCCCGGUUGCCCGUGGUUCGUGUGACCAACGCCGAGAAGACCGAACGUUCAAAGAAAGGGCUCUGUUGGUAUUGUGAUGAAAAAUGGGAUGCCAGCCAUAAUUGUCGACGACGAUUUCUCGUUCUCAUGGGCCCCGAGGACGACGACGACGCCACUGCCAUAACCAGUCCGCUCCCAGACGAGGACAAUACUCCUCUGCUCUCCUGUGAUAUCUCUAGCAUCCUCUCCCUUGCCGGUAGCCCGAGCCCCCGUUCGCUCAAAGUGGCCGGAUCAGUCCACAAUAACGCCGUACAGGUACUCUUGGAUAGUGGGAGCACGCAUAACUUCAUCCAUCCUAGCGUGGCGGAACGUUUGGCAUUGGUUCUUCAUCCGGUCACCCCGUUCCGUGUAUAUGUGGGCCACGGUGACUCUCUCUGCUGCUCGUAUUCCUGUCCGCAGACGCCUCUCCUCCUCCAAGGCAACCUCUUCAGUAUUGAUCUCUACCUCCUAGAUAUCCAUGGCCCGGAUAUUGUCUUAGGCGUUCAGUGGCUUCAAACGCUGGGGAAAGUAACUCAUGAUUACGCCAAAAUGACCAUGGAGUUUACUUGGCAGGGAUCGACUAUCACGCUGUGCGGCGAUGUUCCAGGCCCACGCCCGAUCUCCUAUAGCCAAUUUUGCUCCCUUGUUGGUGCCCACACUACGGUGGAUUUGUAUGAACUGGUGCCCACCACCCCUUCGCCGGCAGUGGAUGCUUCUACCGAUCUGCCCACGGACAUCCCCACUCCGAUCAGCCACCUACUUCGGGACCGACUGGCGAUUUUUAGCCAACCCACGGGGCUACCCCCGUCGCGGGAUUGGGACCAUCAGAUUCACCUAGCCGCCAACUCCAAGCCAAUCAAUGUGCGGCCUUACCGGUACCCGUACUUCCAAAAAUCAGAGAUCGAGCGCCAAAUUCGUGACAUGCUCCAGCAGGGAGCGUCAAACCGGGCCGCCGAUGCUCUCUCCCGCCGAGAGGAGGAUCCCCAGGUCGCUGCCCUCUUCUCCACCUAUGCUCGGCCGUUCCCUUCUCUACUCCAGGAUAUUCAACAUGAAAACACUACAGCAGCCGACCUACUGGAAUUGCAUGCCGCCAUUACCGUCGGGACAGCCCCUCCCCACUUCUCAGUACACCACGGCCUGCUCUACUUCAAACGCCGGCUAGUUCUUAGUGCGGCCUCCCCCAUUCGGCAGCAGCUCCUACACGAGUAUCACGCCACUCCGUUGGCCGGGCAUCAAGGCGUGGAACGCACAUUCAGGCGACUGGCCGACGGGUUUUAUUGGCCAGGCAUGCGGGAAGAUGUCCGCCGUUUUGUGGCUUCGUGUGAGGUCUUCCAGAUGACAAAAUACUCCACCCGCAAGCCCGCGGGGUUGCUUCAGCCCCUGCCCAUCCCAGAUCAGGCCAACCGACACCGCCGUGACCUAUCAUUCAAUGUUGGAGACAUGGUCCUUCUCCGUUUGCACCCGUAUCGGCAGCAUUCUUUGGCUCGUCCAGUUUCCGUCAAGCUUGCCCGAAGAUACUAUGGCCCGUUCGAGAUUUUAGAACGCAUUGGGGAAGUUGCUUACCGACUUCAUUUGCCAGAAGGGUGCCAAAUCCACGAUGUGUUUCACGUGUCACUACUCAAGCUUUUUGUGCCACGUGACUCCUUGCCACCACCGACCCCUCUUCCCGAUGCCUUCUACAAAGGACGGCCGCUCUCUGUCCCCGUGGCCGCAGUGGACAGUCGCACUGUACUGGUUGAUGGACUCGCCCAGGAGCAGUGGUUAGUCCGUUGAUCGGAUGGUUCCGAUGCCGAUGCCACCUGGGAACCGUUGGAAGAUCUUUUGCGCCAUUUCCCCGAUCUUCGCCUUGAGGACAAGGUGAUUCCUAACCCCGGGGGAGUUGAUACGGUCCUCAAUCCCGGUGUACCACCUGACGAUGAAGACCACGACCCGUCCGUCCCAGCUGCACCGGGUCGUCCAAAGAAGGCUGUUCGCCCGCCAAGAAAGUAUCAAGAUUAUG